CGAUGGUGAAAGAUAAGAUAAAAGAUGAUUGUUAUUGAGAAAAAUUUCGAUGCAAAUAAUGGAUUUCGAUAAAUUAUCGAUUAUGUUUAUAUAAAUGAAGUGUGCUAGAUCAGGUUAUACGAUUUUCCAACUUCAGUUGAGUCGUAACCGUCAAAAUGAAAUCUGGUAUUCUUCUUCUUUUGGUCCUCGCUUCUACACAAUCUUUGCCGCAGUCCCAGCGGUAUGAGGAUUAUUUUGUCCACCCCUACCGAAGGGAACCCCAACCCCUCAGGCCAGGUUUGCGUAUUAUAGGGGGCCAAGAUGCGCCCCCUCACGUGCUACCCUACCAGGUGGGCAUCUACGUCUAUUCUGCAUCGUCGACAGACUUUUGUGGGGGCUCCCUGAUAUCCACAAAUUAUGUGUUGACAGCCGCACAUUGUGCAGAUCAAGCUAUGAAAAUGGAUUUGGUAUUUGGGGCACAAAACAUCUCGGAUGAAAGCGAGGAUACUCAAAUCCGCAUUUCCUCAACGGAAUUCAUUGUUCACGAAAAAUGGAGCCGCGCAAGUUUGGCCAACGAUAUUGCUCUGGUCAAACUAAGGAUAGUGUCUGGAUGGGGAAAAUCUCAGGAUGACCAAACUACGGUUACCGAAAUUUUGAAAUAUCUAACCAGUCCCAUUCUCAGCAACUCUCAGUGUAGUGAAGCCAGUGCGAGUUACGCGAGAAUAAUGAAUCCUACGCUGCUGUGCCUAUCAGGAGUCGAAUUACAGGAACAAGUUUCGCAAGAAGACGUUGACCCUUCAGACUCCCUUCUCUAUCUGAAGACGAGUCUUUUCAAGAUUGAGCCUAGAAUAAUAGGGGGUGCUGACGUUGAGCCCCAUUCUUACCCCUUUCAAGCGAUACUCUUCGCUACCUACGAAAAGGAAACGAGCUUCUGCGGUGGCACGCUGAUAGAUCGAAGAUGGAUACUCACUGCGGCUCAUUGCGUCGACAGCAAUCCGAAGUACAUCGACAUCUUCCUGGGGGCACAUAACCUCACAAACUUGGGAGCAAAAGAUACAAUUCAGACUUUUCGAUCGAAAUCCUACAGAAAGCACGCUGAUUACGACAACGAAUCUUUGGUGAACGAUAUAGCCAUAAUCAGACUGCCUAAGGACGCAAUUUUGAACGAAUACGUGAACGUUGUUCCAAUAUCAAACGGAACGAACACUUAUGCUGGCGAAUACGGCACUAUUCUGGGAUGGGGAAAAACUGAUGAUGGAUCAGUUUCCGAUACGCUCAAAGGCGUAACCGUUGAAGUGAUAUCAAACGAAGCUUGCAGAAGCAUUAAUCCGGCAUAUGAGAUAGUUGUGGAAAGCCACGUGUGUGUAUCAGGAGAAGGCCCGAGGGGCAGCUGUGGGGGCGAUUCAGGGGGGCCCUUGCUGGUGAAAGGCACCCAAAUAGGUCUGGUGUCCUUCGGUGCAGACAACUGCACUUUAGGCAUGCCGUCUGUCUUCACCAGACUGAGCCGAUACAACGAUUGGAUCGUCGAAAACAUGAAUUCGAAUUCUGGACUAGCCAAAGUUCGAAAUGUCUUGCUCGGAUUUGUAAUUGCUGUUUUUGCUUUUCUCUAUGCUGCUGUUAAUAUAUUUGUUUAA